GUCCAGGUUCAGAAGCACCGGGGCAAACGCGAAUGCAAAAUGUGGCUGCUGUGGUUGCUGUCUUUGGCCAUCGCCGCCUGCCUUGCUGUGGCUUUCCGCUACUUGGUGUACAAGCCGCUGCCUGCUGCCAUUAGACAACAGGGGAAGAUUUUGCUACUGAAUGACAUCUUCAAUUUUUUGUAUGGCUUGGCCUUUAUGAUGGAAUGGCUGGGCUAUGGACACCGCAUCACAUGUUCGCGAAAUACCUACGACAUCCCUGGCACAAUCAAGAAAUCAAAGACCGAGACCGAUGAGGAUGGGUUGGUGGUCAGCAUUACAGCUUUCAACGGCGUACCCGUGCGAGUCUACCAGCCCCCGCCAAAAGCUGGCGAGAGCCGUCUCAAGAGGGGGCUGCUGUAUAUGCACGGAGGAGGCUGGGCCUAUGGAAGUCCCGAUGAUGAAGACUAUGAUUAUAACAGCCGUAAAGCAUGUAAAGAACUCCACAUGGUUGUGGUUUCCGUCGAUUAUCGUAUGUAUCCUGAGACCUGCUUCCCGGUGGCAUACCAUGACUGCCUCAUGGCCGCCAAGCACUUCCUUUCUCCAGAGGUGUUGGCCAAGUAUGGAGUGGACCCGCUGCGAGUGGGGGUGGCCGGGGACAGCGCGGGCGGCAACCUGUCGGCGGCGCUCGCUCAGACGAUAGCGACAGAUGACAGCAUGCAUGUGAAGUUCAGCGUGCAGGCCUUGAUCUACCCAGUCCUGCAAGCCUUGGAUUUCAACACGCCGUCCUACCAGCAGAACCGGGACAUGGUCUUCCUUGACCGUUCUUUCAUGAUCCAGUUAUGGCUGCAGUACCUGGGCGGUGAACUCUCCCUCAAGCCACACCUCCUUGCCAACGAGCACAACCACGAGCUCUCGCCGGAGCUGAGGGCCCGCCUGGACUGGACCGUCCUUCUCUCUCCCGAGUACCAGAAGGGCUUCGUUCCAGCACGUGUCGAGGGGAAGAAAAUGAACCACGUCGGACUCCUGGAUGCCAUCCCAACUCUGCUGGAUGUGCGCGCGUCGCCCCUCUUGGCGGAAGACAAAAUUCUGGCCAAGUGCCCCAAAGCCUACGUCAUGACGUGCGAGUACGACGUGCUUCGAGACGACGGGUUGAUGUAUGCGCGACGCCUGAGGGAUGCAGGCGUGGCAGUCACGACUGAGCACCACCUGGACGGCUUCCACGCGUGCUUUAAUCUCAUUGAGGGGUUUUUCGGUGUAGAUGUCGGGGUGAGGUCCUUAAACUCUUACCUCCGAUGGCUGCGCGACAAUUUAUAGGGAUGGAUAGCGAGGUCCAACCAACCGUGUGCUGUAAGAAACCAAAAUUGUCUUAUUUCAUUUUUUAAAAAAUCUGGAAAGAGAAAAUGUCUUGUAAAUGUAACACACUACAGAGAAUUUAUAAAUUUGAUUGAAAAAAAAAAAAACAUUAAUUGGUGUUGGUGUUGUUGUUGUUGUUGAGCAAUGCUGGAUGACAACUUUUUCCAGCUUCCCCUCCUAUUGCUAGUCGGUCCCCUGUUCAGCUAGCACUUUGGCUUUCCACUUAUGCCACACCUGGAGUACUGCUUUGGGGUCUCUGGCCAUACGUUCCGGGUUGCCAAGGAGGCCCCGCGUCGACGGGCCAAUGGCUGGACAAUCCGUAAUCACAUGCACAGCGGUUUCAUCCCACACCCACGGCAGAUUGAAUGGCUGCUGCCGAUCUUAUGCUGCCAGUACCAGAGAUCAGGAUGAUGACCACUCCUCAUGCGGCUUAGAGUCACCUGAUCUUGCCUACUAAGGGUCUUCUCGUCCUUUCUGUUAAGAAGCUUGCCCCUCUCACCGUAGAUUUCUUUGAGUUGAGGUUUCUUGAUAUAAUCUCUCCUUGUGUAUCUUCAGAUUGCCGACUUCGCUGUCUGGUACAGGAUACUAACAGGGCUCUGGUCUUUUGUUGUACCUUCCUUUGCCUUCUCAUCUGCUAGUUCGUUCCCCUUGAUACCGCUGUGGCUUUGACACCAGGUGAACGUCACUUGGCAUCCCUUUUGUCUACAAUCGCUCAAGCUCUCGAGUAUCUUUAGUUUUUCGUUGCUUGUCAACAUCAUGGUCGGGUUCAGAUUCUUGGUGUUGGUGUUGCACUGAUAGUACACUCUUAAAGGCCAAAAUGUUGUUUUUAAUGCUUGUUCACCCUGGUUUCCGUUUAGUACAUUAGCAUAGCUAUUGUGAAUAUCACUAAGUUAUGCUAGCAGAAGACACAAGUUGGCUAGCAUACUGUUUACAGUUUCCCCUGUCUGACAAAGCUAAUAUCUUUCUAGAUGUUCAUGUCAAUGUUGAUACAACUUGUCUGGUAUUACUGUUUGACAAGAUCAUGUAACCACCAUUUAAAGUAUACUGUAGACUGUUAAAUGAACACAAACUGAGUCCACUCAUGACGUUGUGUAUUCCUUCCAAACAAUUCAACGAUGUUUUUUUUUUUGUUUUGUUUUUUUUUUUUUUUUUAAGACAACAGUGGCUUCCUCCGUGGAGUCCUCCAAUGAACACCAUUCUUGGCUAUAGUUUUACAUAUAGUUGAUGUGUCCACAGAGAUAUUGGAAUGUGCCAGGGAUUUCUGCAAAUCUUUAGCAGACACUCUAGGGUACUUUUUUUGCCUCUCUGAGUAUUGUGCGCUGAACUCUUGGUGUCAUCUUGGGAGAGAAGCAACAGUGCCAAACUCUCUCCAUUUGUAGACAACUUCUCUGCCGAUUGAUGAACAUUCAGACUUUUAGAGAUUGUUUUGUAUCCAUUCCCAGCUUUAUACAAAUCAACAAUCCUUGAUCGCAGGUCUUCAGACAGCUUUUGACCGAGCUAUGAUGCACAUCAGACAAUGUUUCUCAUCAAGACAUUUCUUACCAGGUGUGUGUUUUAUAGUGGGCAGGGCAGCUUUGAAACACUCAUCAGUGAUCGGGCACAAACCUAACUUAAAAUGUUUGGUAAAAAUAUGUUGCAAUUGCUCUUUAAGUCUCCUUAGGCAGAGGGUUUUUGUGCUUUUGUUUUACAACACAACAUUUGGAUGUACAAGUAGUUUUUUUCAUCUGUAGUUGCAAGUGACUUUUUGGCUCCAAAAACUUGACAAGAAUGUGACAAAACUCAUGCACUUGUAAUUGCAUUGCAUUCUUUCCUUUACACAGAUAAGUCGUCCUGGUCCCUUUGCAGAAAAACAGCCCCAAAGCAUGAUGUUUCCACCCCCAUGCUUCACAGUGGGUAUGGUGUUCUUCGGAUGCAAUUCAGUAGUCUUUCACCUCCAAACACGAGAACCUGUGUUUCUACCAAAAAGUUCUAUUUUGGAUUCAUCUGACCAUAACACAUUCUCUCUUCCGGAUCAUCCAAAUGCUCUCUAGCGAACCGCAGACGGGCCUGGACGUGUACUGUCCUCAGCAGGGGGACACGUCUGGCAGUGCAGGAUUUGAGUCCCUGGCGGCGCAUUGUGUUACUGAUAGUAGCCUUUGUUACUUUGCUCCCAGCUCUCCGUAGGUCAUUCACUAGGUCCCCCCGUGUGGUUCUGGGAUUCUUGCUCACCGUUCUUGUAGUCAUUUUGACGCCACGGGGUGAGAUCUUGCAUGGAGCCCCAGAUGGAGGGAGAUUAUCAGUGGUCUUGUAUGUCUUCCAUUUUCUAAUAAUUGCUCCCACAGUUGAUUUUUUUACACCAAGCGUUUUACCUAUUGCAGAUUCAGUCUUCCCAGCCUGGUGCAGGUCUACAAUUUUGUCUCUGGUGUCCUUCGACAGCUCUUUCGUCUUGGCCAUAGUGGAGUUCGGAGUGUGACUGACUGAGAUUGUAGACAGGUGUCUUUUAUACCAAUAAUGAGUUAAAACAGGUGCCAUUAAUACAGGUAACGAGUGGAGCCUCGUUAGUCCUCGUUAGAAGAAGUUAGACUUCUUUGACAGCCAGAAAUCUUGCUUGUUUGUAGGUGACCAAAUACUUAUUUUCCACUCUAAUUUGGAAAUAAAUUAUUUAAAAAUCAAACAAUGUGAUUUUCUGUUUUUUUCCCACAUUCUGUCUCUCAUGGUUGUGGUUUACCCAUGUUGACAAUUACAGGCCUCUCUAAUCUUUUCAAGUUGGAGAACUUGCACAAUUGGUGGUUGACUAAAUAGUUAUUUGCCCAACUGUACAUGCAUACACAUAGCCAACCAAAUUCAUAGAGGUGUUGCCCGCUUUGCUCCCCAUCCCUUCAGGAUUGGCACCUCUCUUGUUGCUAGGGCUAUCCCAAAUAAAAAGAGAGGGGAAAGAGGAGUUUUUUUAGA